AUGUGUUUGGGUGAUGGCCUUCCGAGUGCACCAUGCAUCGAGGAAGAGAGACGAGCGCUACUCAGUUUCAAAGGAGAUCUAGAUAUUGAUUAUACUUACUCCGACAGGCUUUUAUCUUGGGUGGGUCAAGAUUUCUGUAGAUGGGAAGGGAUUUCAUGCAACAACCGUACUGGUCACGUUGCAAAGAUGAACCUCCGAAACCCGAAUUAUGUUGGAGAGUUGAACACUUUCGACGUGGGGACUGCUUUGAGUGGUAAGAUUAAUCCUUCUUUGCUUAUCCUUGAGAAUUUGUACUACCUUGACCUCAGCGGAAAUUAUUUUUAUGGACUUCCAAUUCCUGAUUUCUUUGGGAACCUUACCAGUUUGAGGUAUCUUAAUCUCUCAUAUGAUUCAUUUGCCGGAGAGAUUCCCCCAGCUCUUGGCAGCCUCACAAAUUUGAACUUUCUUGACCUUAAUUUAGCUGGUGAGUUUCAUUCCAAAAGUUUAAAUUGGCUUAAUGGUCUCCCUUCCCUAAAAUACCUCGAUCUUGGAGGUGUGAACCUUAGCAGCACUGGCAAAAGUUGGCUACAUGAUGUCAACAUGCUUCCUUCCCUAUUAGAGUUGCAUUUGUCUAAUUGCCAUAUUGGUGAAACCAGCUUCCACUCUCCCUGCCCACCAUCAACUUCACAUCCCUAUUGCUGGUUUUUCAAUCUUACUAACCUCAAAAAACUUGAUGCAUCUCGCAAUUCGUUCGGCCCCAUCCCUAUUGAAUUUGGAAACCUCAAGUCUUUGGAAGACCUUGAUUUAACAAAUAAUUCUUUCCAAGGUCAAAUUCCCAAAGUCAUUGGUACUCUUUGCAGCCUAAGGAUACUACAUAUUUCAAAGAAUUCGUUCAGUGGUGGUUUGGAAGAGAUUUUGAAUGGGUUCUCAAAUUGUACAAAGUAUAGACUACAGUCACUUGUUUUGUCCCGCAAUAAGAUGGAAGGUGAACUACCUACCACCUUAGGAAUGCUAGAAAAUCUCAAGGAACUCAACCUCCAAUCAAAUUUAUUUUUCGGUUCCAUUCCAGAAUCUAUUGGUAAUUUAUCAUCCUUGGAAACUCUGGACAUCUCUGAAAAUCAUAUGAAUGAGUCCAUUCCAUCAAGUUUAGGACAACUCUCUCAGCUAGUUCACCUAGAUUUAUCUGAGAAUGCGUGGGAAGGUAAUCUAACUGAAGCUCAUUUCCGAACCCUCACAAAGUUGGAAUUUUUUGCAAUCAGCACAGGCCAACGACAUGUGUCCCUCUUUUUAAACAUGGCUCAGGAGUGGGUUCCUCUUUUCCAGCUUGAUACACUCAACAUUGUCAACUGCAUAGUAGGUCCUGCCUUUCGGGCAUGGCUUCAAUCUCAAACUGAAUUAACAUGGCUCGUACUUAGGAAUACUGGAAUAAGAGACUCCUUACCAGAAGAAUGGUGGGUGAAGGUAUCUUUCAAACUCACACGGUUGGAUUUAUCUCACAACCAAAUUGGUGGAAAACUUCCAUUUCACAUGAACUUCUCAUCUUUGGGUCAUAUACAAUUGAGUAAUAAUCGAUUUGAGGGUCCCCUGCCACAUUGGUCUAGUGAUGCUGCCGCAUUUCUCGAUCUUCGAAGUAAUUUACUUUCGGGGCCAAUUCCCUCAAAUUUCGGUCAAUUGUUGCCGAACUUGGGAGAGGUGUAUCUAUCUGGCAAUCAUCUGGAUGGAAAUUUAUCCGACAACAAUUUGUCUGGCAAUAUACCCGCUUCAAUUCCCACAUCAUUGAUGGUAUUGGACCUGAGUAAAAACAAGUUUGAGGGUCAAAUUCCUUCUGCUCUACUCCAGAACAGCUCUGAAUUGAUCAGUAUCAAUCUUGGAGACCUUGCCCACAACAAUCUUUCAGGCCCCAUUCCCGGGUGUUUGUAUAAUCUGACUGCUUUGACCAAUGUUAAUGAAGGUGAAAUCCCCGAAGAAAUAAUCAGCCUCAUUGCCUUAGGGACUUUGAACUUGUCCAUAAAUCAUCUGACCGGAAACAUUCCCUCCAACAUUGGAAACAUGCAGCUCCUGGAAACUCUUGAUCUCUCCCACGAUCACCUCUCCGGGCAGAUCCCGCAAAGUGUCUCGUCAUUGACCUUUCUGUCUCACUUGAACUUGUCCCACAACAACUUGUCCGGAAGAAUUCCCUCUGGUAACCAGCUUCAAACACUCGAGAUUCAUCCAUUUACGAAGGCAAUCCAUCCUUGUGUGGGGCUCCUCUCUCACUCUGGCCAGGAGACGGUGCACCCGCACCGGCUGAACCUGAUGGUGAAGAUAACGAUCAUGAGAAUGGGAAGUUUGCAUACAAGAGAGGUUGGCAUUGGCAUGGAGAGUGGCUCGUUGGCAAAAGAAGGCUUAAUUGGAGAAGAAGAUGCAGUCAAGGCUUGUGGCUUUCUUUGA